AUGGCUCGAUCAAAUACAUCACUCAAAGAAAUUGCUGAAGAUAUCAGAGAUAAAGAGAAAAAUAUAAUUUUCGGACUCUGUUAUGAUAAACUCUUGCCAAAAAACAUGGAAAUAAUGAAACAAUUGUCAAACGAAUUCAAUCAAUGUAAUGAAAAGAUGAAAAAUGAUAUUUUUGAAGAAUUGGCUCAUUUGCAUUCUUCUGAUCUUUGGAUGCGAUCAAUCAACUUUAUUAAGGAGUAUUUAAAUGACAAAAGAAUGACAAUUGGAACUCUAAGAUCUUUUAUCGAGAAAAAUAGAUCAGAGAUUGCCCAGCCAAAAAAGAUUAAUAUUCUAGAUUAUUUUGAAAAGCCAACAGCUCCUACAGACCAAAAUAAUCAAAAAUAUAUUCAAGUCGGACGUAACUUAAUCAAAUUUUCUUAUUUUAAAUAUUUAGUUUCUGAAGCACAAAAGUUUAAACUUGAAGCAAUAUAUUUACUUUCCAACGAAAUCUCUAUUGAUGAAAAAUAUUUCAUGAAAAGAAUUUUAUCAAGAAAAUUUUACAUUUUUGAUUCAAUCGAUUUUGAACAAACAUCGAAAUUUUUACUUGAUGAAAUCAAUUAUAAUUGUAGUUGGAGAGUUCCCUAUUCUCAUUAUAAACCAGGUAUUGGUGAAUUCGAUUUUUGUCAGGAAAUUAUAUCUCAAUAUUCUUUGGAUAUUUUAAUGAUUUUUCCAUCUAUCAGUUCUAAAUAUAAGAAAAAUUUAUUGGAUAUGUUCUCAAAAUCGGCAUACAAGAUUCAAUUAUCAAACUAUGAGCAUCCAUUUAAUUUUUCAAACUAUAGAUUCUACAAUUGUUGUAUGGAAACUUUUAAUCUUGCUUACAACAAAAAGUUUUCAGCUUGUUCAUGUAAUCAAAACUUUGAAACGGUUUUUGCUUUAAAAAGUACUGGAUUUUAUUGGUCCAAUAUUGGAAUGUUUAUUUUUCCUUUUGUAGCUAGCUAUGAAUGCGUCAAAAGACCAGAGAAAAUGAGGGAAGAAACAAGAAAAUUUAUCCUUGAAAAGCUUAAUGAAAAUUGUUUUAAAUCUGAUUUACUAUCUGAUGUAUUGAUGGGAAAUGAUAGAAAAGGAAAUGAUAGCGAAUAUUCUAUUUGUGUUCAGAUUUUAAAUAAUCAAGACUACCAACUUGAAACGUUUUCGAACUUUUAUAAAAUUAUUGGAAUGAAUAAUAACAUGUAUGAUCCAUAUGAACUUGAAAACGCCAAAAUUUUAUUAUCAUUUGAUUUCUCUAAAUACGAAAAUGUCGCAAAUUGUUACAAAUCAUUGCAAUCACGAGUGUAUUCAAAGGUCAUCAAUCAACUAGAUUAUUUAACAUAUAUAAUUAAAGAGAAAAUUGAAAAGAAAGGGAUUAAUUUCGAAAUAAUAAAGUAUUUCAUCGAAAAUGAAUUUAUUAUAUUAGAUGAUAUAUCCUCUAGUGUACUAAAAAUGCUGAUGAAUGUUUCAGAACAAGAAGAAGUCAAAGAAUAUAUUCAAAUUGGAAAAGUUGAAAUAAAUCCUGUUGAAAGUGAUUUAGACAUUUCAUGGAUUCUUGAUUUAGUUAAAUAUUCAGAGAAAGUCAAAUUCAUUUAUUCUCUGAGAACAUAUGAUUUUGUCAAUAUCUACAAGAGUUUGCAAAAGGAAGACAAACGAGAAAUUGAAAUGAUUAAAGAAUUUCUUAAAACAGGAAAUUCGAAAGUUCUUGAUUCAUAUGAAAAUGAAAUUUCAGAAGAAUUUUUUGACACAUUUGUUUCACAUCCCGAAUUUUUCAACACUAACAACUUGAUCAAAUCUAUCAACAAUCUUUCACUUCCAUUCAAAACUCUUAAUGAAAAUAGCAUUUGUGUUCUCAAUCAACUUAUUGAAGAAUACCGGAGUGACUUAGAGAUCAGUUUUCCAUAUUCUAAUUUCUUUUAUUUCUUCAAACAUUGUGAAGAAAUUUUUCCAUUUGUUAAAGAAAUUGAUGGCUUUUGGAACUACAAACCACCAAAAUACCAAUCAUUUUCCGGAUUCAUCAAAGACAUCAACAAGAUGGUUCACAAAAAGAAAAUUCCAACAGACUUACCGAAAUUACAAGCAUUUUGCAACUCAUUUGAAUCACAAGAAGAAGAACUUUACAUUGAUGAUAUCAAAUACAUUAAAACUGAAGGUAAGUAUCAAAUGAAAACACUUAUGAAUCUUGAAAUUUCACAAAAUGUCACAGAUGUUUCAGAUAAGUUCAUUUCUGAUUUGAAUGAAGAAAAGUUAACAGUUGGUUCACUCAUUUUAAGAUUACUUCAAAAUUCAAAUGCAUUUGAAUGUAAUAUGAAAAUAUUCUCCAAUUACUUCAAAGAAAGAAACGAAGAGCAGAAAUUGAAAAUCGAAAAACAAAGUAAUCUUUCUGAGUUUUAUUUCAAUCUUCAAAAAGAAAUUGAAUCCAAAGAGAAAAUCCACAAAACAAAGAUCUCAUUUAUUAACGAUUUUAAUGAUGAUCUUCCAGAAAAAAUGACGAAAGAAAGAUUUUAUUUGUUCGAAAAACUUUUAUUUGUUGACAAAAAUAAGUGGAAACUUAUUGAAAAUUCAUUUUUAGCUGUUUUCACAUUUUGUGAAGAAAACCAUUUGUUCCGAUACCAAGAACAUAUUAUUGCAUAUACAUUGAAAUGUAUUGAAGAAAACAACAAUAUUUUCUUUACAAAUCCAUUAAAAGAACUCUACAAAUUCAUUUUGAAUCAAGUUUCAAAUGAAAAACAAAAUGAAUUCUCAGACAUCUAUAAAUUUAACAAAGAAAAUGAAGAUAAAAUCUCACUAAUCCAAUCAAACAUGAAAUCUGAAGUUAUUAAUGCAGCCAAAUCUGAUUUUGCUUCAUCAAAAAGUUCAGAAAUCAAAGAAAAAUUUAAAAUAUAUUCUAGUUAUUUUCCAAAAAUUGUUAAAAAUGUUCCUCUUUUGAUGGUAAAGCCAAAAUUCGAAAGUGUUGAUUAUUCAUUUGAUAAAGUUAAGUUCUACAACAUGAUUUUGUCAUACAAUCAACUGAAUUUGGAUCUUUCUGAAUACAAAGAAUUUGUUGAAUACGAUUUUGUUUUCCAAGAUAAAGGACCUUUGUAUGUCAAAAACAUUAAAACAGACAAAUCAUAUUGUUAUUCUCAAUCACAAAGUCCUCAUUUAUUAACACUCGGCAACAGUUCCAAAUCCAAUUACAAAUUCGAAAACUCAAAUCCAGCAUGGACAACAGUUCGAAUUCCAAAAAUUCGUCAAAACUUUGAAGAUUACAACUUUGAAUUUUUCUGUAAUUUGUAUCAAGAACUUGAAGAUUUGGUGCGAAAAGAGAAUAUUGAAUCUCAAACUAUUUUUGGACUUAAUUUCAACGACUUUACUGAGUUUUUAGGAACGAUUUCAAAGAUCAAAAAAGAAAAUUUCUCAUUUAACUUCCAAAAUCAUAUGAAUUCAAUAAAAUUAGAUUCAACUUACCCGAAUACAUUCGGCAUUAUCAAGAAAUUUAUUGACAUAUCAAAAGAAAUUAAAGAUAAUGACACAAAUAAAGACUUAGAAAAGCUCGUUUUAGAAAAACUAAGCAAAAUUAAAGAAAUUGAAAUACCAAACAUAAAUUAUUAUAAUAAUAGGAAUAUCUUUUUCAAUUUGCAAACAAAAUUUACACCAAAAAUCAUUGUAACAAGUGAUGGAAUCAAACCAAAUUUCUCUCAAAUUUACUUUUGCAAUCACAAUGUUAAUUUCGAAAUUUUAGAAAUUUACAUCUUGAUUGAAGGAUCUUUUCAGUUUUUAGAUGUCUUUGUUGAAUCAUCUGCUAAUAUUAAAUCAGAAGUUGUUGAAGAUAAGAUCAUUUUAACAGUUGAUUUAUCAUCCAAACAAAAUAAAAUUGAAGGAAUUUUGAAAAUUUUGGAUCUCCAUAUUCCAAUAUGUCUGAAUUUCAAAUUUAAUAAAUGGAAUUCAAGCAUAAACGGCCCUAAUUUUGUAUUUAAUAAAAUACAAUCAGAUUUAGAUUUUAGAACAGCAGAUAUUGAACCAAUUAACACAAAUAAAAUGGCAAGAAUUGUUGAAUUGAUUGAAUCAUAUAAAAAUAUGAGUGAUAAAUUCAGUGCUCUAUUCUUCAGUUACUUGAAAUCAUAUCAGCCUCAUUUUCCUAUUAAUUUGUUGAGAACAUUUUCUAUUAUGUAUUCAUUACAUGAAUUCUUUGAAUCAAGUUUAAUCGACAAUUUUUGUCCAUUUUAUUCUUCAUCUGAAGAAUUUGAAACUUCAUUUUGUCAUUUACUUCGAAAUCUUGGAAUUGAUACUUCUUCGGAAGAAAAAGAUUUUGAGUUUUACAACAUCUUUUGUUACAAGUCUCCAAGUGGUUUAGUUGUUGAUGAUCCUAAUAUCAAACGAAAAAUAACUAUAAUAAAUGAAAUUGGAGCUAAAGAAACUGAAACAUUGCAACAAGAUAUUGCUGAACAAAAGGAUGAACAUUAUACUGAUAAAAUAGUUAUUGAAAAAGAAAGAUCAAACCAAAUGAAUAUUACUUCGGAACGCAAAUCAUCAAAAGUUGAAGCUAUUACUGAAGAAGUGAUUACUGAAAUAACUAAUCCUUAUCAAGAAAAUGUUAGUCAAACUUAUUUUUCUGAAGAAAGUUUUGUUCAGGAGAAUCAAGCCAAUUAUUUACCUGAAGAAAAAAUCAAAACAACUAACCAAAUUGAAAUUGAAACUAAAGUCGAAGAAAAGCAAUAUCAAAAUGAAAGAGUUUUCAAUCAAAUUUCUCAAAACCAGGAUCAAAUGAAGUCACAAGAUUUUAAUAAUAUUCAAAACUAUCUCAAUGCGCAUAUGCAGAUGCAGAAUUUUCAGGAGCGAAUGCAGCACCAAAUUCAAUCUCAGAUUCCUCCUCAAUUUCAGAGAAUGAUUCCUCCUCACAUCCAAAACAAUCCACAAGCUAUUAUUCAAUAUCAGCAGAUUCAACAGCAAUAUCGAUCGCUGCAAAUUCAGCUCUCAUAUAUUCAACAAUCUGCAUUUCAAUUUUAUCAACAAUUUGGAAUUAAUCCAAUUAAUGAAAUUUUAAUGUCAAAUGGAAGCUUUUUCUAUCCUCCGUACAUAGAAAACGAACCACAACAACAAACUUCUCAACAUUUCACCAUGCUCAAUGACACAUCUCAGCAGAAGCCAAAAUUGUGA